AUGGAGCCUCAUUACCUCCACAUCUUCGCACCUGUCAGCUUUGCUGCUUGCCUCCUACUCCUGUUUCGAAUUGCCAUAUCUUGGCGGCUGAGUCGGCGUUGUGAUCGCGCUCGGUUGCCCCCAGGUCCCAAGGCCAUUCCGGUUCUCGGAAAUGUUCAUCAACUGCCACAGACCUACCAAGAGCGGACAUUCGCAGACUGGACGAAGGAGUUUGGGGAUAUCGUUUUUGCGAAGAUCUUCAGGAAACCGGUCCUAGUCCUUGGUUCACUGCGGGCCGCACAAGAUCUGCUCGAGAAGAAGAGCGGGAACUAUUCGGAUAGGCCGCGGCUCAUCCUCUUGUCUGAGCUGAUGGGAUGGGAUAAUGUCGUCACUCACAUGGAAUAUGGAGACCGUUUCCGCAAGCAUCGACGGUGGAUACAUGACAACUUUCAGACAAAGUCGGCGCUGCAAGGCUAUCAGCCCAUCCAAUGUCGGGAGACAUAUACUCUUCUCUCCGGCCUGCUUGAAAGUCCGGUGGACUUCUUGGCGCACAUCAACAGAUGGGCGACGGGCAUGAUCAUGGAGAUUACGUAUGGCCAUCGCAUCGAUUCUCUGGAAGAUGAAUACGUCAAGCUUGCGCAUGAGGCCACGACAGCAACCGUCCUCGCCGGAAGUCCCGGCUCCAUGCUGGUCGACUUCUUCCCAAUCCUCAAGGCACUGCCAACAUGGAUGCCUGGCGCCGGAUUCAAACGUGAGGCGUUAAGGAUUCGCGGGAUGGUACGUGCUAUGAUGCAGAGCCCGUACGAGAUGGUGACACUUGCAUUGGCUGCUGGGACUGCUAGACCCUCGUUUACUGCUUCUCUUCUCGAAGAGACUUACAGCCGCAAUGGGCCGUCCGCGGAAGAAGUAGACGAUAUUCAGGGCGCAGCCGGCGUCAUUUAUGGAGCUGGCACUGAGACGACUGUCACCGUAUUGUCGACUUUCAUCCUCGCUAUGGCUUUACACCCAGAUGCGUUCAGGCGGGCUCAGGAAGAGCUCGAUAGGGUUAUCGGCAAAUCAAGGCUUCCCGAUUUUGAGGAUAGGGGAAGCUUGCCGUAUCUCGAUUGUGUCAUUAGCGAGGUUCUCCGGUGGCGGUGCCCCGUUCCUCUCGGUAUUCCGCAUAAUGCAAUGUACGAUGACGAGUACCGUGGGUACCAUAUCCCCGGUAAGACUAUGGUCAUUGCGAAUAUGUGGAAGAUGACCCAGGAUUCCACCUACUAUCCCGAGCCGCAAAAGUUCCGCCCCGAGCGUUGGCUCGAGAUGGAUCGGCACGUCGCCGAGUUCGCUGAUCCACGCAAGAUCGUAUUCGGCUUUGGACGCAGGCUUUGCCCCGGGCGUGAUUUUGCAGAAGCGAGCAUUUGGCUCGCUGCUGCCAACAUUAUCUCUUUGUUCGACAUCACUAAGGUAAAAGACCAAUGGGGCACCGAGAUUGUCCCUUCGGCCGACUAUGCAUCUGGCUUCGUGAGCCAACCGAAACCAUUCGUUUGCUCUAUUCUGCCGCGUUGCGACACCGCGGCGGAUCUCAUUGCUCAGGCGCGCGUCGGUCUGACUAUCUAG